ACCUAGCGGUCCACCAAUUGGCAACUGAAGCGCAGCGAGAAAAGGGAAAUUGUACGUGGGCUGCUAGGGUUUCUCUUUUCUGCGGAUUUGCUUCAGUUCUUGGGAAAAUGACUCGCAUAUAUGUCGGAAACUUGGAUCCACGAGUUACUGAGCGGGAUCUUGAAGAUGAAUUUCGUGUUUUUGGAGUUAUAGAAAGUGUAUGGGUUGCACGGAGACCACCGGGUUAUGCUUUUAUUGACUUCGAGGAUCGUAGGGAUGCAGAUGAUGCCAUCCGUGAGUUAGAUGGCAAGAACGGCUGGAGAGUUGAGCUUUCUCACAACUCAAGAGGUGGUGGGGGUGGUGGUCGUGGAGGGGGUCGUGGUCGCUCUGGAGGCUCUGAUUUGAAGUGUUAUGAGUGUGGUGAGCCUGGUCAUUUUGCUCGUGAAUGCCGUCUGCGUGUUGGUUCAGGAAGACGUCGUAGUCGCACUCCCCCUCGAUAUCGAAGGAGCCCAAGUUAUGGUCGAAGGAGUUACAGUCCCCGUGGACGGUCCCCUAGACGCCGCAGUGUGUCACCUCGUCCACGCAGCUACAGUAGGUCACCACCAUAUCGUGCACGUGAGGAAGUGCCAUAUGCUAAUGGAAAUGGUGUAAGGGAACGACGCCGAAGCAGGAGCUGAAUGCAGACUUGGUCACCUUGCUGUGUUACGAGGAUACUGGGAAUGGUUGUUAAUUAGUGUGCUUGGACUUCAAUAUGACUGUUUAAAUCGGGCGACGCCCCCAGCUUCUACUCUUGGGUUUGGAUAAGUUUCUUUCUUUCUUUAACUUAGAGUUGGAUUUUUUUCUUCUAUGCAGAAUAUGUUGUUUCAUUAUAGGAGAAUAUCUUAAGCAUUAUGAAUCUAUUAAAGACCAUUCAAUGAGCGUGUUGCUAAAGAUCUAUGCUUUUUCUUUCUU